AUGAAAGCCCCCAAGGACCCGGGGAAGGGCAGGCCGCCGGAUAUGGCCGCGCGCGUCCAGGAGUCCAAGAGAGACAAAGCUGACAUGGGAGACGAAGAAGUAUGUUACAAAGACGACGACGACAAAGCAGAUGAACCAGGAGCUCAAAGAGAAGAGACGCAGUCGAGAAGCAAAGAAAAAAAGCAUGACAAUGGAGAAUCACUUAAGGAAGAGGCACGCAAUCAGUCUGAUAUUCAAGCUGACAGUAGGCGUGAAACACUGGACGUAGCGCCCAAAGAAAUGUUUGACGCCAUUGCCGAAGAAAUGAAGAAGGCAGACAGCGACCAGCCACGCACGGCAUGGAUUAUGACGAUCUGGAAACAUGUGUACUCACAACGGGGCAGUAUGAAGACCGGGAGCGUUACGCACUAG